UUCCCCACUGUUGGUGAUCACUUUGAAACAAACUGAGCAACCCCUCUUUGCUCCAAUAGACGGAAGCAACCUCUGACUGUAUAAUCUUCAAGUUCUUACCUCUCCCUUUCACCCAGCUCACAAGAUCAAAUUGCAUUUCUUUCAUGACUUUCUAGUCCUCUAGCUCCCUGACCCAGUGAAAAAGAAAGAAAAAAAAAAGUAGGGGAUAAAUCUUCACUUUUAUGCCUGGAGGGUUAAACUAAGCUCAACUCCGUUUUAAAAAGAACUUUUCCAAGAAUUUUCUACAGGAACUUUGCUGAAAUGAUCACCAAGACGAAGAAAGGGCGCGUGCUUGUGGUUGCAAUCUUCUUACUGCUGAGCCAUGCUCCUUGGCCUCUGGAUGCUAACUCUGAAGACGAGGAAGAACAAGGAGACGUUUUAGAGAUGUAUUUACCACCACCAAAACUUCUACGUUCAAGUUGUGCCUACAAAGCUGAUGAAGGACCAUGUAAAGCCAUGCUCAAGAGGUUUUUCUACAAUAUUUACACUCAACACUGUGAAGAAUUUGUAUAUGGAGGAUGUGAAGGCAAUGAAAACCGAUUUGAAAGUCUGGAAGACUGCCAGAAACAGUGUUUAGCAGAAUACCCAUGGAGGCCUACAAAGACACAAUUUCUACAAGAAAAGCCUGAAAUCUGCUUUUUGGAACAAGAUUCUGGAAUUUGUCGAGGAUUACUUCCCAGGUAUUUCUAUAAUAAUCAAUCAAAACAGUGUGAACCUUUCAAGUAUGGCGGGUGCCUAGGCAAUGCCAACAACUUUGAAUCUUUGGAAGAAUGCAAGAAUCUCUGUGAGGAUGGAUUGGAUACAGUGCAAAUAGAUCAUGGUGAAAAAAUAGCUGUUCCAGAAAACAAUAACUCCUCAACAACCAAGCCAACUGAAGUUCGAAAACUUUUUGAAUUCUAUGGCCCUUCUUGGUGUCUGACUCCUGCAGAUAGAGGACUUUGCAGGGCCAAUGAGAAAAGAUUUUAUUUUAAUUCUGCUAUUGGAAAAUGUCGUUCUUUUAACUACAGUGGAUGUGGUGGGAAUGAAAACAAUUUCACUUCUAAAAAAUCAUGUCUCAGGACUUGUAAGAAAGGUUUCAGUAGACGAGCUAAAGGUGGAUUAAUCAAAACUAAGAGAAAAAGAAAGAAACAGCCAAUGAGGAUAAUAUAUGAAGAAAUCAUUUUUGAAAAUAUGUAGCUUCCUUACAAAAUUACAUGAAAUUCAAGGCAAUCCACCACAUGAGAUUUUGCCUGCAAAAUGUAGAAUGGAUGGCAAUUUAGAUAAAUUACCUAAAGGAUUAAUUCCUUGAUUAGAGUCUAGAAAUUUAUUUUUUAAUCACAUCUCAGUAAAUGACUUUAUGAAAUGUAUAUUGUUUAUCUAGGAAUAGUAUAACCUUAUUUUUCAUCAACGUAACAUGUGUCCUCUUCCCUAUUUGAUCAGCUCAGUGAUUCAGGGGAUAAUUAACCAGGUUUCAUCACCCUGUUAUUUCACUUUUCAUACUCUACUCUUCUUGCACAUAUAUAUGCAUUUAUGCAUAUAUAUAUAUUACUAAUUCACACAUCAUUACCAUAUUACUGUGUAUCUCAAUAAGUAAAAUUCAAAGUGAUCUAUGUUCUAUUUUAUUAACAAUCCAUUUAUGGAACAGUUUUCAGCUAUUAGGCAUCAUUUUUUUUUUUUGGUUAGGCAAUGGGGUUAAGUGACUUGCCCAUGAUCACACAGCUAGUAAGUUUUAUUUG